AUGGACGGCUUCGACCUCCUCGUCAUCAACGGUCUCGUGGUGACCGCGUCGGACACGGCCAACUACGACAUUGCCAUCAAAGAUGGGAAGAUCGCGUUGCUCGCCCCGCCGGGCGUGCUGGGCAAGGAGAGUGCGAAGAAAGUGAUUGACGCCGAGGGCGGCUAUGUCAUGCCCGGCGGAGUCGACACUCACGUCCACCUCGAGGAGCCUGCAUUGUUUGGCGGCAAGGGGAGGAGUUCCGACAACUUCGAGACCGGCACGAGAAGUAGCAUCUGCGGAGGGACAACAACGAUAGUAGCCUUCGCGCCUCAAGCCAAGACGAUCCCCUCGCUGCUCACUGUUCUUGAAGACACCCACGCCCGGGCCAAGGACAACUGCUACACCGAUUACUCGUUUCACAUGCUCGUCGGCCACCCGGGAGAGCAAGCGCUGUCGGAAUUCCCGCGCCUGCGCGAGCUAGGCAUCUCGUCGCUCAAGAUCUACAUGACCUACGAAGCGCUGCAGCUUCGAGACGAUCAGAUCCUCGACGUCCUCCUGGCGUCGAGGAAGGAAGGCAUCACGACCAUGAUCCACGCCGAGAACGGCGACGUGCUGAACUGGAUGACCAAGAAACUCGAGGAACGGGGCCUCUACGCGCCAAAGUACCACGCGACAAGCAGGCCACAGAUUGUCGAGACCGAGGCGACGAACCGUGCGAUCGCGCUGGCCGAAUUGAUGGACGCGCCGAUCCUCGUCGUCCACGUCUCGUCGCCCAGUGCGGCAGCUCACCUCCGCGACGCCCAGACAAGAGGCCUCCCCGUCUACGCCGAGACAUGCCCCCAGUACCUCUUCCUGACCCGGGCGGACCUGGACAAGCCGGACUUCGAGGGCGCGAAAUGCGUGUGUUCGCCGCCGCCGCGCGAGUCCGCCCACGACCACGAUGCCAUCUGGCUAGGGCUGGCCAACGGCACCUUCACGGUCCUCUCGAGCGACCACUGCCCGUUCAUGUACGAGGACCGCGAAAAGGGCAAGAAGAGCAUCCUCAGCGCCGAGUAUCCCGAGGGCCGCUUCUCGGGCAUCCCCAACGGCUGUCCCGGCAUCGAGACGCGGCUGGCGCUGACGCUCAGCGCGAACCGUCUCCCCUUGCAGAAAUUCGUCGAGGUCACGGCCACCAACGCCGCGCGGCUGUACGGCCUGUAUCCACAAAAGGGCACCAUCUUGCCCGGGGUCAGCGACGCCGAUCUCACCAUUUGGUACCCGCCCGGACGGCUCGGGUCGUUCGAGCUGACCAACAGCAUGUUGCAUCACAACGUGGAUUACACGCCCUUUGAGGGCAUGGAGCUGAACCAGUGGCCCAGGUGGACCAUCUUGCGCGGCCAGGUCGUGUGGGAUCGCGACGGCGGCGGGCUCGUCGGCACAAAGGGCUACGGUCGGUUCGUGAAGAGAGGGAAAAGCACGCUGCCUGGACCGCGGAAGAGCGGGGACUGGGAUGUGAGUGUUUUCUGA